UCUCUCAGCUCCAGACUCUAGUUUUAUCUUCCCACUAAAUUAUUACAUUGUCAGCAGCGCUUGUGUGAUGUCCCACCUUGGUGAUCACUUGAUGAUAUGAUGCUCGGUGGUGUCAGUGAAGUUUGAUUAGACCCCUAAAAGAAAAGUCUGCCUCGGGCUGCUGUCGGCUCUGCCUUCUGCUGCCACCUACGUAAACAAGCCUAAUGACCUCGCUGACAGUGAUUGACACCUGCGCUGUUGCCUGGUGACACUUCAUCAGUGAGAAGGUGGGAAUUAAAUUGCGCUGUCAAAGGCACUGCAGUCCUCUCGCAGUGUGGUUAUAUUGAUGAGGGAACAGAUACAUGUCCUUGUAAACACGCUAUACACAUACAGUAAAGACUUCUGGUCUAUGAGAAAUGUGAUCAUGGUAAUAAUGGGAGUGUGAACGUAUUGGCUGCUGUUACAGUACUUUAUGUAAGUCCUACCAAGACUUCUGCUGUUCAGCAUCGCACUUCAGUAAGAGCAGAGAAGAAUUAUUCUCCUGGAUGAGUCAGGGUGGAUACUAAGGACUUUUUGAGUGACUCAUUUGUGUUCGGACUUUCUUUGUCGCUAUCUUGCUUCUGUGUUUAUAUCCUAAAUUAAAGCAGCACCACAAAAAACUUUGUUUUCGCCAUUCACAGUGGUGUGGUAAAACAUCAAAAUCAUCUGUUGUGAAGAACACCAAUAUAACUGAUGCUGAAUUAGUCCCUUUAUAGAAGUGUAAUGUGAAACGGUAUAAAUGCUGAAGUAGUAGCUGCCGUGGGUUGGAUCAGUUUCUGUGCUGUCAUUGUGAUUUAUCAAGACACGUGACACUUCCAAACAGCAGAUACAGAAGAACUGGCCAUGCUUACGUGGUUUUACUGCUGGCACUUGACAAAAAAUGGUUGACUGAGUGGAACCGUUGUGCUGUCAGCCAUGAAAUGAGUAGGGGAAAAUGAAUUCACACUGAAUCAGAGUGAGUGAAACAGAGUCCCCCUUACUGGAGUUACCUUUAAUGUGCAGCUGAGUGCUCGGCAGGAUCCGCUUUGCUUUAUUGUCCCCUGUGGUGAUCUCAUGACAUUAUAAGGCAGCAGCUUGCCGUAAAUUGGCACUUUAGCUGGUAGAUACAUUUUGUUGUGUUAGGCGGAUUAUGUGGCUUUAGUUUGUAGGCUUUGUACCUUAUUAUGGUACAGCUACAAGUAAUCUUUCUUGUAUUGGGAGUCAAGUAAUUGUGAUGUUUUUCUUUUCUUGGUGGAUUGGACCCAAAAGCGUAAUGUCUCCUGUGCUCUCCUGGCCUCUCUUCUCACAACACACUGAGUGGGGCUCCUAAACGAUGACCCAUCAAAUAUUAAACACACCCAUGAAGGCUCUGUUGUCUCCACCCACACAUCCAUUGCCACACUCAUACACACCCUGGCACAGACACACAUGCAAGAAGAGAGUCAGGCAGCAGACAGAUCCUCCUCUGAAGAGUGUCUUCCUGUUCCUGUGCUCUUCACUCUUUUGGGUGCCGCCCUACUUUCAGUUUAGAUGAUGGAGGAGACAAAGUGCAGAGUCACUCGGCGGUGUGUAGCUUUUAUCUCAUUGGUUGACUCCGUGAUGAAAAUGAUUGGACUAGUCAGCAUAAGCUCAUUGAAUUAAGUUGUGUGUGAUUCUGUGUCCCUCCAUGCCUUUGUUGGCAUCUAAUGGAAGAAAAAGCACCCAUCAGGUCCGCCAUGGUAUCCAGACUUCCUAAGUUUGGUGGACGCUCUUCGACUGGUGGCGCUAGCCCCUUGUCUAAUGGUUCCACACAGCCAACUGUCCCUAACCAGGAGGGUAAGAGCACCCCUCUAGGAACUCGCCCAAAUGGCUUGAUUCGUGCCUCUCCUUUUUCCCUGAAAUGGAAGAGAGAUGAGGGAAUGACGCCCUCCAGCCCCACUGCCCCCAUCAGCCCUGGAGAUGGAAGUGAAGACAAGUCCCAGCAACAGCUUCCCACAUUGGCAAAGGAGUUAAAGAAUGGCUUUCCAGGCACACCCAAGAUGCAUAGGGAUGGUCCUUUGAUGGUGGCUGUGUCCAGUCCCAAAGCCAUCCCCAAACAAUCCUUGAAGAUGAGUCCCAAAGUAGGGACUAAGCAAGGCCAAAGUCCACUGAAUGGAGGUUCAAAAAUGAGCCAGAGUGGCUCCAACAUUCCUGCUCGAACAGGGUCAGAGUCUCGCCUUGUGCGGCCGAGGUUAGGCUCCAGCUCUCCCAGAAGCAGCUCUCAAGAUAGCCUUUCCCAGUCCAGUGACAGCCUGAAGACCUUGGCAUUAGACAAUAUGGUUCGUUCGAACAGCUUCACUCACUUCAAGCAGAUUCCUUCACCCUCUAGCCAGCCUAUGACACGGUCCUUCUCGUUUAACCGGGCUGUGGAGCUAGCCAAGCCUCUGGCAAACACUCAGCUCCGGCCUCCUCGGAGCACUUUCCUCAAGCCUCCUCAACUGAGCAAUGGAAGAAUGGGUUUAGGACUCGGAGGCCUGAAUAGUAACCUUGGAGGUUCAGGAGGUCUAGGUGGAGGACUUAAUUGCGGUAGAAGUCCUCCAGCUGCUUCAUCUUUGUCCACCCUCUCAAUCCCACCAGCACCAGCUACUCCCAGCGCUCUGAAGAAGCCUCUGCUCCCCAGCUGUGUGCUGACCAAGUCACUAAGCAACAGUGGGGGCGCUCUGGGCUACAGACUGGCUCGAUCUGGGCAGGCCAAGCAGCAGAAGCCUCUUUUUCCAGGUAGAGUCAUGGGGGAUGUCAGACCUUCAGCUGCACCUGAAUGUGGAGGGCUCUUAGGGGUAGCAAUAGACAUUGAGGUGUCUGGAGAGGCUAACAAAGCAGACUCACAUAGUGACAGUGAUGGAAGCUCUGGAGAUGGUGGAGUAAAAGUAGAGGGAAGUGGUGACCUUACACAGAGCUCUGGCCAGGCAGCAGCUGAGACUCUGGAGGACAUGUCAUUAUCUUCUGCCUCAUCUCUAGACAAAGGCGACACCAGUGAAGAGUUUCUAGAUGACUUUUACAGUGUGGGUGAUGUGCUCAGUGAUGGGGACCUUCCUGACAAUAGGAAACCUGGCAAUGCUAGUAAAACCUGCCCACAGAGCUUUCUCCAUGAAACCCUUGACUGGGACGAUAUGGAUCUGGCAGGACAUCAAGAAGAAAGUCCUAUGCAGGACUCCCAGGGACCACUAGUGUCUCCAGAGCAGAGCGAUGUCCCCCAGACCUCGUCUGUGGAGCUGUCGCCCUCCAACAGCUCAGGCGGUACCUACAUGUGGGAUGAAGAUGGUCUUGAGCCCCUUGGGGGACCUGUGACACAUACAUGUGACAGCUAUGAUGACUCAGAGCUCAACAGCACGGAUAUCCUGAACAACCUGGACCCUCUGGGAACUGGAGAGUUGGAUGAUGAUGACCUCAUGCUGGAUGUGGACCUCUCAGAGGAUGGCUUGCAUGACGUUGACAGGAUGUCCCACGUGGAACGCUCGGAGCGGGCUGGUCGGCAGGGGCAGCGGCGUAAACACCACCGCUGGAGUGGACCAGAUCGCUUCCACAACGACAGCAGGGCCCAUGUCCUCCAGCACUAUGACAGUCUCAAGGCUUCAAGGAUGUCUUCCCGGCCUGUCCCCUCUGAAGGCAGGCAGCAUGGUUGCAUGGCGGUGCUGGACGAACUCACACUCGAGCACAUGACUCAGGACUGCAGCUCCCUGAAGAACCAGCUGCUCAGGCUCCAAACACUUCUUCAGCUCGAGGAUACAGACUCUCCGGCAGAUGUUCCUGAGGAGAUUGAAGACAAUACCACUGCUUCACAGUUGGAGGACCUGAUCAAGGAAGUGCAGGUGCUCAGAGAGGAGCUGAAGAGUCGGGACAAGACCAUUGCUCGGCUCACACUUCAGUGUAAACAGUUACAACAGCAUCAGCAGGAACAAAUGCCUGCUCCAGGCCGGCAGUUCAGGUGUCAGUGCCACCACCAGAGGGCUCCCUCUUCACUGCGGCAGGGCGACAGACAGACAGACAAACGGAUGCAGAAUAACUACGACAAGGCCACCCAGACGUACUGGAGACCACCGAGCCAUGCUCCUCAAAUACUACAGCCUUUCAACCACUGCCUCAGCGGGCGCCUCCACCAGGGAAGACCAGUAAAAACUCCCCCCACCGAGGACCACAAUGACCUCACAAAGAGUAGACCGGAGGAAGGAACUUGUAUAGAGGCCAGCUGUCCUCUUGAAGACCUUACGGCAGAUGUGUCCGGGCCAGCACAACCAACCGAGCGGAGUCAUCCCCUCAGCACCCACCUGCUUCUCCCAAGCUCUGGGGCUCCACAGGGGGUAAAUGCCAGAGACAGUCCAGCAUCAGCAGCUCAGGCUGCGGCACAGCAUGAGUCGAGGGGCCCUGCUGCGAUAGCACAAAACUCUGUCGCUCCUGGAUCUGCUGGUUCAACUUGCCCUCGCAUGCUGCAGCCUCCUCGCCUUCAUAAGCGCGUGUUUCUCCCUGCACUCAGGACAGGGAGCACCGGUGGCUUUGCCUCUCUGAAGCCUGGGUGUCCCUUAGGGCCUCUGGCUGACCGGACCAAGCAGCUGCCGCCUUCGUCUAGAGGCCUCCCCUGCUUUAACGCUGGACCCCAGGUGCAGCCUCGAAAUCUUGGUCGCACUUCACUGCUUCGGCCUCACAGAGCAUCAGAGCCUUGCAGGGAUCCACAGGGCACCAGCUCCAGCCUGGAAGAGCCCGAGCGGGGUAACCUCAGAGACCUCGGGUCAGCCAAGAUCCUGAUCCCUUUGAGUCGCUCCUGCCUCCCCAAGCCAAAGAUUCCCUGAGGAGCUUAAACCCAUCCAUCAAAACUUAAAGCUGGAGCGCUCUGACAUUGAUGUUCAUUCCUCUUUGCUCUUUCUCCCCAGCCAUAACAACAGUGGAAUUAUUUUAAAGUUUGAGCGUCAAAGGAAUAUACGCUCAUCUUAUAAACCCACAUGAACCAUUCAGGGACAGCCUGUGUUGUUGGCAUUGGUAUUAUCACUGCUGCAUUGUUUCAGAAUUAGCAUCUACAACUCCAGACUGACUGAGGUUCUUUACAACAGUCCAUAGUAAAAUGUGACAGUCUUCAGAUUGAGGGAAAUGUAUGGAAGAAGAAAGCUAUAAAUGUCCUGUUUACUAGCCUUGCACAUGCACAUCUACUGAUGCAAAAACAACAAAAAAAACCCCCAACAUAAUACAAGUGUUCAUUCAUUCAAGUCAGCUUUUAGUGUUCUUCUGUAACACCCGCUGGCUGUUAUCACAUUGUGAAGUUUUAAGUUUACUUGUCCUCACACAGCUAUGCCCUCUGACACACAGGUGCGCUUGGUUUUAAAUGUGGAGGUGACAUAUAUGUGACCUUUGCAGAGCAAUAGAAGGCCCAGGGGAGGAUGGAGGCCAAAACAAGAAGUGGGAAAGAAAAAAUAAUAAUAUGGGAGUGAGACAGGAAAGCAAAUUUGUCAAAGUGUGUAUAUUUUAGUGAGAGACGAGAGGAAAGCAACUCCAUAUUGUAGAUGCGUACUCACUUUGCUGCUCUUACAUCCUGAGUGAACUUAUGAACCCUGCACAUAUUAGCAAGAGGGGUCACAGACCUUAAGUGUAAAUGCAGCUCACAUAAAAAUAUUGGCUCAAAAAAUAAUACCAUGCUGCUGGUGGAGAUAUAAUUAGUGGAAAGAGUACGUAGGUGAGGAAUUAGCUGUCAUAAUGUAGCGGAAAACUUAAGCACUUAAGUGUGCUCAGGAACAAUGUAGGCUCGCUCAUCCAUGUGCAAAUGAAUGAACUCUGGUUACUUUGUGCAUUUUAAGAUAGAAAACUGUGUAGACUAACAGCAAGUGUGACAACAGAGAGGAGACGGCGUGUAAAACAAAUCUAAUUUAAUAUCUUACAGUCUUAAAAUCCAUGAGAAACAUGACAGAAAAUAAUGUACCAGUAAUGAGAGGAAAUGUCACUUCUUUCCAGGGCAAAUAUAUUAAAAGUGAAACAAAUUUAAAAUGAUCUGCCUCGUGUGCAAACAUCAUAAUGUGACGUAAGAAAGCUAAAUUAAAAGGUUAAGAAAAAAACGAUUAAUUGAAAAAGAAUUUAGCUGAAUUAACUUUUUUUACAGUUCAUACUGACUUCCUUGAUCUGUCUCCCUCAGUGACCCACACAUGAAAACAUCAGCUAACGGUUAUUCAUUAGAUAUGUGACGCUGCUGCGUGUGUGUGUGUGUGUGUGUGUGUGUGUGUGUGUUGAAGUGUCUGAGCUGUUGUCCCCCUCUCUCUCCCUCCUCCUCUCGCUCUCUUGCACAUCUCUUUGGGAACAUCAAAGGUAUUAGUGUGGUAUUUUCAGGUAGGGAGCCUUCGGGGCUUUAGCGGUGUUUCUGUGGGAGUUUUGGAGAAUUGUGUUUAUCUCCCCUUUGCGGAGCCCUUUUGCAGUCAGACGCUCCAGAAAUGUCCCCGAUCGGAGAGCAGCAGUGUGUUAAAAAGGCCUUCUGACAGCAACUCUGCUCUCUUCUCUGUCACGCCGCGUGACCGCUUGGUGUACGCCUCUGGCACUGUCCGGUCUACUGAGUCCAAUAAUGCACCCUACAUGGAUAGAGUGAGACACAGAGAGAGAGACACACACACACACACACACACACACACAUACAUACACAUGCAAGCUGGACGACUCACACGCGCAGGAACUCUGACAAAACUCAAAGAGACACGGAACUCAUAGGAAACGCGGCAGUUCUCACUUCCAAGUAGCCACACAAGUGCACGUACAUACACACAAUUUACGUCCUAUAACAAAGUGCAUAAAAGCGUGUUCGUUGCGUUGGUAGCCCGCACAAAACGAGCUCUCCGACUACACGCUGAUCCAUCUGUUCGCUGCAGCCAAAUGAAGAUGGCCGUCUCUAGAUUACCCUGGAAAUGGGUAGAGGCUUGUGUGUUUGUGAGUGUGCUUCCAUGUGGCUGAUAACACAUGUUUACCUGUUAGAUGGUUCAACAUUGUGCCAAGACCAGACAGGCAGUCCACACUGCUGUGUGAUGCCAAGAGCGAACCCAUUUCUCUGAAUGAAACACAGACAGAAAGAUACAUGGUGUAUGGAGGAUGAGACAGAUGCACAGAGAAAGGACAAUAAGACAGAGCAGUGGGAGAGAGCAACGAAUAUGAGAUGUGGAGAUCAGGAUAAGCUGCUUCUGGCAGGCUUUUCUGCUCGUUAAUGUUUGUCUAUGAAAUGUCAUGAAGGUGUGUGUGUAGGGGGGGUGAACACAUAGCAUGUUUGUUUGUGUGCACUGUGGUCCAGAGAAUAGCCUGAUGCCCUCAGCUGUGUCACUCACUGCUUAGUAAUGCCAAACAGGAAAUCAAUGUUGCCCGCUGUGUGUGUUUGUGUGUAUGUGCGUCUCCAAACACCUCUGGCUGCCUGUGUUUCUCUCUUGGAAGAGUGUGUGUGUGUGUGUGUGAGUGUGAGAGAGAGAGAGAGGGAGAGAGGGAGAGAGCGAUAAAGAGAUGUGUCUGCCCCACAGGCCAAAGGCAAACCAAUGCCAGGGAAAGCAAAGCAGUGCCAUCGUUCUCGCCCCAUGCUGCAUCUCCAAAUCAAUGUCCCUGCUCAGUUUAAUAAUCAAGCUGAUCAGUCUUGCUAGCUAUGCUAAAACAAAACCACGACUGGGCUGAAAACUCUCUGCAGCGAAUUGGAUCGAUUCUAAUGCAGGAUGUUGAUUUGCUUUGUUUUGCACCUACACAAAUUAUCAAACUGCGUUAGAAAAUAAGGAGAAAGUACCAAAUGGGGCCCCAGUUGUUCAAUAUUUUCACUCUGAAUGGCGCAGGACUGGCGCGGUAUGUAUCUCAUACACACCAGUGAACAUGUUUUUUUUGCAAUACAACCAAGAUGCAUCAACUGAGACACAUUACUUGUAACCAGGUAAUCCACUGAUAUUUAGAGCGUAUAGUGGAGUUACUGCUUCAAUCUGUGUAUUUAUAGUAACGAUGGAUCAAAUGACUACAUGCAUAUGAAGUGAUGUGCUUGUAGUGAUAAGCUAACAAAAACUUGAACUCUUCAGUUCCCCUCACUCUGCAAGGAAUUUUAUCUCCUUUUAGCUCACUGCUUUGCGUUUACAAUCCAUAACUGAAAAACUCAGCAGAGAAACAAAUAUAAUUAAUGGCUAGCUGGUGAAUAUAAAGAACCAGCAAUGUCUCUCAGUUUGGUGGAGACCAAAAACAGACCUAAAAGUAGAAGACAUACUGGUCUUACAUCUGUUAAGUGAAUAUAAACAUGACUCCAAAUGAAUGCUAAUGCUGCUACAUAUCUGCUGAAUGGGUAUAUAUACUGUAAGCUGCAGCUUGUAAAUGCUUUCAGUAUUAAUUUUUUGAGCCACCAGCCACCUCUGCGUGAUCCAGAUGAUGGAUUUCAAGUAAAAUGCAAAGCUUGAAACUGCAAAUAUGCCUUUAUUUGGCCCCACUCUUAUACUUGACUGCCGUUCUGGUGUAUGUGUUGUCCAAGCAGCAUGAGACAUUGUACAGUCUUUUUACUCAUGGCUGAAUUUCCACCUGGAUGUUUAAAGAAUUAACAGAUAAAACACCUUAGUGUAGCUGUUCAUAUAUAUUUUCCCCAUAUUAUGCAAGGUCACUGUAUUUAUCUCUGUAUGAUGACCAGUAUCAGCUGCUUUUGGUUACUCAGCACUGUCUCCAGUCUACUGUGCAAUAUUGUUUGGAACAAAAAAGAUGAGGGAAUGCUACACUCUAUUUUUAGCAAACCUUUAUGCAAUUGAAAAAGAGAAAAUAAAGCUUUUUUUAAGAUUCUAAUCAGAAGCACUUUAAAUGAUGUUAGUGGUUGAUGCUGAUUGAACAUUAAACUCGAUUUAUAAGCCACGUAGAAUCCAUUUGGUUUUACAGUAUCAGUUUUGACUUGUCUCAUUCUGUCUUCUUCCAGGUGUGUCUUUGUUUGCUAAAUCAUAUUUGUCUUGGAAGGCAUGUGAGAGAGCAAUAAAGGUUGAACCAAAAAUCGAGUGGUCGAUGUAGGGUGAGAGCUUUGUAACUUUAUGCCAUUUUCUUUAAUAUGUUGUUUCCACCAAGACUGCAUGUUGAACUAAUAGUCUCAGCGGUCAAGUGGAGGUCAAAGGCAAAAUGUUAAAUGUCAGAUGGUACUGUGCCAUCAGUGAGAGGCCACAGGUGAAAACCCUGAUGCCGUUUUGGGAGUUACUACUUUGACAGUCAGUGCUAACGGACUGUAGAUGUUCGUCAGUGCUCACACACAUACAAACAUAAAGCCGCUGAUCUCAGUUCAGAGAAACCUCAUUCUCAUUCUUAGUUUGUUUUCCUUAUUUUCACUGUCUGUUGGUUGUAUUUCUGUGGAAAUAAACCGUGAUUGUGAAA